AUGGAUGAACACCUAAUUUCGACCAUCAACAAGUUGCAAGAUGCCUUGGCUCCUUUGGGGGGAGGAUCUCAAGCCCCUGUUGAUUUGCCUCAAAUCACCGUGGUUGGAAGUCAAUCGAGUGGUAAAUCGUCCGUAUUGGAGAACAUUGUGGGAAGAGAUUUCCUUCCAAGAGGUACAGGAAUCGUCACGAGAAGACCAUUGGUCCUUCAAUUGAUCAACAAGAGGCCUUUAAAGACUGCAAACGCAUCGUUGAUCGACAUCAAGACUGUCGGUCAAGAUGGCCUUAAAACUGAAAACAAUACUGAGGAAUACGGUGAGUUCUUACAUCUUCCAGAUAAAAAGUUCUACAACUUCGAAGAUAUUCGUCAAGAAAUUGUUAAGGAGACUGAUAAGAUGACCGGAAAGAAUGCCGGUAUUUCAGCCAUACCCAUCAACUUGAGAAUUUACUCCCCACACGUGUUAACUUUGACCCUUGUGGAUCUACCAGGUUUGACUAAGGUUCCCGUCGGUGACCAGCCAAAAGAUAUUGAAAAACAAAUAAGGGAAAUGAUCAUGAAGUUCAUCAGUAAACCUAAUGCUAUCAUCUUGUCCGUCAAUGCAGCCAAUCAGGAUCUGGCCAAUAGUGACGGUUUGAAGUUGGCUAGAGAGGUCGAUCCCGAAGGUACGAGAACAAUCGGUGUCUUGACAAAGGUUGACUUGAUGGAUAAAGGAACUGAUGUUAUUGAUAUCUUAGCCGGUAGAGUCAUUCCUUUGAGAUAUGGUUAUGUUCCCGUGAUUAAUAGAGGUCAGAGAGACAUCGAACAGAAUAAAACUAUCAAAGAUGCUCUGCAAAACGAGAAACAGUUUUUUGAGAAUCAUGCAAGUUAUGCUAGUAAGUCGCACUAUUGUGGUACCCCAUUCUUGGCCAAGAAGUUGAACUCGAUUCUUUUGCAUCAUAUCAAGACUACCCUUCCAGAGAUUAAGAAUAGAAUUGAAACUGCCCUCAGCAAGUACUCCAAUGAACUGGCAACUUUAGGAACUGAAGUUUUGGAUUCGCCAAGUUCCAUAAUUUUGAACACGAUUACUGAUUUUUGCAACGAUUAUAACAGUAUUUUGAACGGCCAAUCCAAGGACAUAUCUUCCAAUGAACUAAGUGGUGGUGCAAGAAUAUCAUUUGUCUUCCAUGAAAUUUUCAAGAAUGGUAUCUAUGCUUUGGACCCAUUCGAUCAAAUAAAGGAUACUGACAUUCGUACUAUUAUGUACAACUCUUCGGGAUCAGCGCCAUCUCUGUUUGUUGGUACCCAAGCGUUUGAAUUAUUGGUGAAGCAGCAGAUUAGCAGGUUCCAUGAGCCUUCUCACAAGUGUAUCAAUCUUAUUUAUGACGAAUUGGUUCGUAUAAUUAACCAGAUUCUAAAUCAGAAUCAGUAUGCUAGGUAUCCCUUAUUGAAGGAACAAAUUAAUCAAACUUUUGUUCAAUUCUUAAGGGAAGCUUUAAUUCCAACUGACAAGUUUUGUAAAGACAUUGUCACUGCCGAGCAAACUUAUAUCAACACCGCUCAUCCAGAUUUAUUGAAGGGAUCUCAAGCUUUGUCUAUUGUACAAGAGAAACUAAACCCAAGUCGUCCUAAUUUGGAUCCAAAGACCGGAAAGCCGAUAAAGCAACAGCAGCAAACUCCUAGUCCAGAGGAUGACGACCGUGGAUCCUCCUUCUUUUCUGGAUUUUUCUCAUCUAAGAAUAAGAAGAAGUUGGCUGCUAUGGAGGCCCCGCCUUCAGUUUUGAAAGCAUCUGGAACCAUGUCUGAUAAAGAAACACAAGAAACAGAGGUAAUCAAGUUGCUGAUUCAAUCCUACUUUAACAUUGUGAAGAAGUCUAUUGCUGACAUUAUUCCAAAGUCUGUGAUGCUCAAGCUGAUUGAAUUCUCAAAAUCUGAGAUUCAGAAGGUCUUAUUGGAGAAAUUAUACAACAACAAUGACCUGGAUUCCAUUGUCAAAGAGAACGACGUUACUGUGGCUAGAAGAAAGGAGUGCAUCAAGAUGGUAGAAGCAUUACAACAUGCUAAUGAGAUCGUUAAUAAUGUUUGA